AUGGAAGAGCUUGAGGAAAAUCAGAACGAUAUUCAACUUACUUUACAGGAAAUCCAGAAUAAUGAUAACAAGAAGCAGCAGCAUGAAAAGGUGGGAGCCAUCAGAGACAUGGCAACAUCAUCUUUCAUCUCAGACAGUAAAGCAGGGAGCAUGGAUGCAAAGUGUUGUAUGGCACAUUUGGACAUGAAGGAAGGAACCAGCGCUUUGCAGGGUGAAGUACCCACCAGUGGAGAGGAUCUGGAACAGUUCUGUGGCAAGCAGGUCACAGCAGCUGAUAUUGAACUUGAGAGGGUGAGGUGGGAUUUUGUGCUGGGUAAACUGAAAUAUGAACAUGAGGACAAUGAAAAGCAAAGGCUUCAUGAAGACAGAAUGGAGCAGAUUUAUCAACAGGCAGUAAAAAGAUCAUUUACCCAAGGACUCCAAGACCUACUCCAGCCCCCAAACCAGUAUGCCUUGUUCCUAUACUGCUUCAUCAUUAUUCAUGCUAUUUAUACAGUAAAGGAGCUGGCCUUCUACUUUUUCCAAAACCAUUACCUGUUCUGUUUUGCUAUUGUGCUCUUUUUCAUUCUCAAAAAGAUUUUCCAGGAUUAUCAAAAUAAGGAAAAAAGUUCUUAA